GAGAGAGGGGUUUCAUAGCGAUCACGUGCACGUGCACGUGCCACCUCGACGUCGGACAGAGGCGAGGCGAGGCGAGGCGAGGCGAUGAGGACGAGGAGUCGGGGGAUGAGAUGAGGGAGAUAUCGAACAACAGAUCGAGAUAGGCAAGGCAGCGGCGCAGCGUCUCAACUUCGUUUUUCUCCCUCUUUCUGUCUUGUUCUUCUUCUGCCCUCCCUCCCUCGACGCGUCGUCUAAGCAUCGGUGGUCUCUCUAGGGUUUUUCCAUCCGAACUGCGCGAAUCAGGCGGAGGAGCAACAAGCAAGCGGGCAUGCGGUGAGGCGACCCCCGGCAGAGGAGGCUAUCCUGGUCGUAAGUCUCUCCUAGGUUUCUCUUCUUCAUAGGAAGCUGUUGCUAGAGAUCGUCAUUUUGUAAAAGCACCUCAUGGCAAGAAUCAAACCACAGGCAUUGUUACAACAAAGCAAGAGGAAGAAGGGCCCAACUCAAACACGUCUGGCAACUAUUAUUACUUGCAAAUUUGUUGUCAUCUUGAUUGUGUUAUCCCUAUAUGCAACUUACAGGCACCGGCAUGGAAGGUCAAGUGAUCAAUCAGGGUUUGACUUGCACGAUUUGCAGAAAUCAGAAACGUUUGGAGAAUCAAAGAAAUACAAUCUUCCAAGUUAUGCGAUUUUGAAUACUGGGAAAGGUUCAAUAACUAUGGAGCUUGACAAGGAUGCGUCUCCUGAUGUUGUGGACAAGUUUGUUGUGUUAUGUCAAAAGGGUUAUUUCAAAAUGAUGCCGUUUCAUCAUGUGAUAAAGAACUAUGUGAUCCAAGGAGGUCAUUCUCAAAGAAUUGGAGCUGCAGAAGACUGGAUAUUGAAAGGAAAAUCCAACAAUCAACUUGCCAUAAGUCCAAAGCAUGAAGCAUUCAUGAUUGGGACCACGGUGGCUAAUUCAGAUGAUAAAGGAUUUGAGCUCUUUAUUACAACAGCACCAAUUCCAGACUUAAAUGAAAAGCUUGUUGUGUUUGGACGGGUCAUCAAGGGGGAAGAUGUGGUCCAGGAAAUUGAGGAAGUUGACACGGAUGAACAUUAUCGUCCCAAGUCCCCCAUAGGGAUUAUUGACGUUACGCUAAAGCAGGAGCUUUGAACAAUGCUGAUCCCUUUUUCAUGUACCUCUGAAUUUUUCUGCACCUAUCUGAUGGUCUGCAUGCUGAAAUAUAAUUUUGCCAUCUGAAAGCCCUUGCAUCCUUUGAGGACUUUCAGACAUGGUUUCAACCGUCAUGCAGCGCUUGGAUUUAACCGGGCUUGUGUUGUAGUAAUGCUUUCAACUGGUGCAUGUAUAAAAUCAAAGAAGGCACUUGUUAGACCGCAGUUUUGGCUGAUGGUCCAUCUGCUGAUAAGCUUAUGAACCGUAUUCUCCCAACCUUUAUAUAUUACAUCAUGUUUUCGGCCAAAUAUUGGGCUUUGUGCAACGCUUGAGCAUGAAAAGUUUCUUUUGCCUA